UGUAGCAUGAUUUGUGGUCCGGCUUAAAACGCAAGUGUUUGAUUGUUUUUCUCUCAUAUGUUUCUCCCGACAAGUGCUGUUUUUAAGUGGUAUAUAUUAUGGAAGACAGAACAACCCCAUCAGUAAUUGACCGAUAUUUUACCCGUUGGUACAGAACAGAUUUAAAGGGAAAAACACUUGAGGAUCACUGCAUACUACAACACUCCAACAGAAUUUGUGUCAUCACACUUGCUGAAUCCCACCCCAUCCUUCAGAAUGGACGAAAAAUCAAAAACAUCAACUAUCAGAUCAGUGAUGGGUGCAGCCGUCUAAAAAACAAAGUUUCUGGAAAGUCAAAGAGAGGAGGUCAGUUCCUCACAGACUUUGCCCCUCUAUGUAGAAUAACAUGUACAGAUGAGGAAGAGUAUACGAUAUAUAGCUGUAUCAGAGGACGCCUCUUAGAAGUAAAUGAAGCUAUUCUUAACAGGCCAGAUCUGUUAUUGGAAAAGCCUUCCACAGAGGGGUACAUUGCUGUUAUACUACCUAAAUUUGAAGAGAGUAAGAGCAUCACCGAAGGCCUUUUGACCAGAGAACAAUAUGAGGAGGUCCUCUCUAAAAGAACGAACAAUCAAGAGCCUUCCUGAGUACAGCUGGCACAAGUGUUCGACUGAAGAACUACAACUUCAUGAAGGCAAAAGCAUAUGGUGCCGCAGUUGUCUGGUGCUUAAGAACGCACCUGAAAUGAGAUCUUUAGGCGGUCCUGGAUUUUACUGCAUUGCACUGUAAAGGAGCUCUGAACAGACAUUUGCAUUUUGGUGGUCUGCGCCAGUAUUCAUGAGAUACACGAACAAGCUCAUGUCAAGCGUUGUAUUUCAUUUCUUGUCUCGUUUUAAUUUUGAGGAGGGUCUGAAUGUUCACAGACACAUUUUCCCUCAUGUUGCUAUGAAACAGUUAAGUUUUGCAGACCAUCCAUAAAUGUGAAAUAAAAGGAACAGCUCCCAUCUGG